AGCGCAUCCCAUUCUCUACUCACACCACCAAAAUGCGAGUGCUCAAAGCAGGACUUUCUUUAGGUCAAACACAUCUCCGAAAACGUGGAAACUUAACUUUAAAACGGGUGUUAAUAAAUAGCUGCCGGACAUGCUCCUCUGGAAUUACUCCAAACGAGAGGAUACGCAACAUCGGUAUCUCAGCCCACAUCGACUCAGGAAAGACUACACUGACCGAACGUGUCCUUUACUAUACCGGUCGAAUUGCUGAGAUGCACGAGGUUAGGGGUAAGGAUGGUGUUGGAGCCGUUAUGGAUUCCAUGGAGCUCGAGAGACAGAGAGGCAUCACCAUUCAGUCAGCUGCAACUUACACAAUGUGGAAACAGCACAAUAUCAACAUCAUUGACACACCAGGUCACGUUGACUUCACCAUUGAGGUAGAGAGAGCCUUGCGUGUGUUGGAUGGAGCAGUGCUUGUUCUGUGUGCUGUUGGAGGAGUUCAGUGUCAGACAAUGACAGUGAACAGGCAGAUGAAGCGCUACAGCGUGCCCUUUCUCACCUUCAUCAACAAACUAGACCGAAUGGGAGCCAACCCCAACAGAGCCCUACAGCAGAUGAGGACUAAACUAAAUCAUAAUGCAGCCUUUGUCAACAUCCCCAUUGGGCUGGAGGGAGACCUGCGUGGCAUUGUCGACCUCAUAGAGGAGCGCAGUAUCUACUUUGAUGGCCCCUUUGGUCAGAGUAUUCGUUAUGACGAGAUUCCGGCCGACAUGCGUGUGGAGGCGGCUGAGAGAAGGCAGGAGCUGGUGGAGUGUGUGGCUAACUCUGAUGACACUCUGGGAGAGAUAUUCUUAGAGGAAAGAGUCCCGACUGUGGAUGACCUCAAGGCUGCUGUGCGCAGAGCCACCGUCCAGCGUUCCUUCACUCCAGUGUUGGUUGGUAGUGCUCUGAAGAAUAAGGGUGUCCAGCCUCUGUUGGAUGCAGUACUGGAUUACCUGCCCAACCCCACUGAGGUCAAGAACUACGCCAUUCUCAACAAGGAGGACUCCACGGACAACGCUAAGAUUCUGAUGGAUCCAACUAGAGACACCUCACAGCCUUAUGUGGGUCUGGCUUUCAAACUAGAGGCCGGGCGUUUUGGCCAGCUCACCUAUGUGCGCGUGUAUCAGGGGUGCCUGAAGAAGGGCGAAUACAUCUAUAAUACGCGCACUGGGAAAAAAGUACGAGUGCAAAGGCUAGUGCGUCUCCACGCCGACCAGAUGGAGGACGUGGAUGAGGUCUAUGCAGGAGACAUCUGUGCCCUGUUUGGGAUUGACUGUGCCAGCGGAGAUACCUUCACUGCCCGCAGUAACGCCAACCUUUCCAUGGAGUCCAUUCAUGUCCCUGAGCCUGUUAUCUCAAUGGCCAUGAAGCCCUCCAACAAGAACGACACGGACAAGUUCUCCAAAGGCAUCAACCGCUUCACCAGAGAGGACCCCACUUUCAGGGUGCACUUUGACACGGAGAGCAAAGAGACGAUCAUCUCUGGAAUGGGAGAGCUCCAUCUGGAGAUCUAUUCACAGAGGAUGGAGAGAGAGUAUAACUGCCCUUGUGUGAUGGGGAAACCUAAAGUAGCCUUCAGAGAGACUGUGACCAAUGCUGUUCCGUUUGAGUACACUCAUAAGAAGCAGUCUGGAGGGUCGGGUCAGUAUGGUAAAGUAAUAGGAGUGCUGGAACCACUGGACCAAGAGAGCUACACUAAAAUAGAGUUUGAGGACAGGACCGUCGGCACCAACGUGCCCAAACAGUUUGUUCCUGCUGUGGAGAAGGGAUUUAAGGAUGCAUGUGAGAAAGGCCCUCUAAGUGGACAUAAGAUAUCUGGCCUGCGAUUUGUGUUGGAGGAUGGUGCCCAUCACAUGGUGGAUUCCAAUGAGAUUUCUUUCAUCCGGGCAGGGGAGGGUGCUCUGAAGCAGGCCAUGGAAAAAGCCAACGUUGUCAUUCUGGAGCCAGUUAUGUCUGUGGAGGUUGUCGCACCCAACGAGUUCCAGGGCGCCGUCAUCGCCGGGAUCAACCGUCGCCAUGGCGUCAUAACCGGACAGGACGGGGCAGAGGACUACUUCACACUUUAUGCCGACGUUCCUCUGAAUGACAUGUUUGGGUAUUCCACAGAGUUACGCUCGUGCACAGAGGGCAAAGGAGAAUACACUAUGGAGUACAGCAGGUAUCAGCCUUGUAUGCCAGCUGUACAGGAGGAACUCAUCAACAAAUACUUAGAAGCAACUGGUCAACUUCCUGCCAAGAAGGGGAAAUGGAAGAACUGAGCGCCUGCACACACACACACACACACACACACACACACACACACUUCAUAAGAGAACAGAACAAAAUACAGAUAACAUGUUUUACGCAAGUGAUAAAGCAACAGGCAACAGUGUCUCAAGCCAACCAUUUUGUAAUUAUGGAAAGUCCAGGAUGACUCUGUUUUAAGAAAAGUGGUUAAAAGGUCAACAGCAUGCCUUGGUCAAGCAAGGUCCUUGAAACUCAUUUCCACUGUAAAUGAAAAAAUAUAUAAUUUGUACAGUUUUUAAAGCAAACAUAACCCCAGUACUUCAAACUUUGAGCUAUCUGAUGGAAUUUUUGUAUACAAAGCCUGGUUAUGGAUUCAAAAGGUCCAUUUGGGAAUGUAUAUUGAAUGGUUUUGUACUAUGUACAGUAUGU